GAUUGAUGUAACAAUGGACAGUGGAUGAUUGUGCUGACGAUAUGAUUGUUGUCCCCAAUGGUCUCCAGCCUUGGCUCAGUGAUGAUCAACAUGCUGCAUCAUAUCGAACCCUCCAUCCCCAAUAAUACACUCUCCUCAUUCACUUCCACAUUCAACCUAAUAUCAUGACCUUUCAAACUACCAACUUCUCCAAAUGACAAAAUCAUCACUGAAACACCCACUAAAACACCUGCUGUACCUACCCGCCAAUAUUGAUUGAUCCCUAACGCUCUGGACCCCUUCGUCCUACGAGACUCCACAUCGAGCAACCCCCUCGUGACUUCAAACCACCCAUCACGACCACUUCAAGGGCAUGGCUUCCUCUUCCUACCUAUCUGGCCUCCUUACCGCCACCGCAUCCCGCUAUUCCUCCCUCCGCCGGACCCUCCUCUCCGAAGAAACCGACGGCGACACCGAAGAUGACACCCACAUCUGCCGCGUCCUCCGCGCAUACUACACCGAGAAAGGCCGACCCUUUCCCCCAUGGCUCCCCCCCGACCCCAAGGCGCCCCCGCCAGGAGCCCCGGCCGGAACCGCAGGCGGGAAGCUGGCGUUCGUGAGCAACCUCGGCGCCAACAUGUGGGGGAACAACAACCAGGGACAACCACCGGCUCAGCAGGGAUCGUAUAAAGGCAGCGGAGGCGGACUGAGCGAUCUCUGGGACUCCUCGGGCGCGCAGGCACAGCAACCCCCGCCAUCAUCGCUGCGACGUAACGCACCGAACCGUCAAGGAGCGAAGACCGAUCCGCCCGAGGCGCGCCGGCCGAUGGGAGGCGCGGGGCUCGUCGAUUCGUAUUCACCGAAUCAUUCACAGCAGGCGUCGUCGCGGCCGCUUCCGAGUCAGCGGUUUGGGAGCUAUCAGAGUUCGGGGGCGAGCGAUAGUGCGUCGCCGCCGACGACGGGGGGGACGUCUGCGCAGCAGAGGUUGAAGGCGAGGUUAUACGGGGGGAGGAGCACGAGUCCGACGCCGCCUAAUGCGAGUCCCGCUGGAGGUGGAAGGGGUGGAGGGGGUGGGGCAUAUGACCAGGGCAGUCCGUAUGAUAGACCGAGUUCAACUAUGAGUGAGCCGAGAGGGAGGUAUGAUAAGGGGUCAACGUCGAGAUCGACCGGAAGCUCGAAUCAGUCGUACGGCAGCAGUCAGGAUAGUCCGUAUGGUUCACAAGGGGGAGGGUUGCCUCCGAAUCCACGGAGUGGUCGCGAAAGAGGCGGAUUACCUGGCGGUCCAAGGCCGUACCGAUGAAUGGGAGAAUCAAUGUUCAAGGCUCCGAAUCCUCUGGCAAUUGUCACAGGUUCAUAGGUGCUCGGCUGGAUUCCGAGGGCAGGAGUGCAUCUAGGCUCGCAGCCAUUUUCCAAGCUGGAAGCUGGAUGGGAUGUCUGGUUCUUUUGAUUUUGGCUAUUACCGUGCCGUACCAUGGAUGAUAAUGACCAAGCCACUUAUAUCACAGCUGCUCCCCCUCAAUGUGUGCUGAAGCAGCUCCAGUACGCUUGAACUUUGAACACACCAAGCCAACACCUUUCUGAUAUUGUAUCUGAUCCAUCAUUGUUCAUCUCAAGGACAAUAGUACAAAGUCCACCCUACACCU